CUGAAACAAACGUGAAAAAAAACGGCGAGUCGGCGAAAAAAAUUUGAAUCGACGGGUUGUGUAGCGGACGAUUUUCACUUGGAGCGGAGCGCGGAGUCUCGCGUUUUUGUGUUUUAGCGGAAAAUCGGAUGAAAAACUCCAAAUGUUUACCAAAUGAGCGGCGACAGCUACGCGACCAAUUGACGAGAUCGUGUGUGUUUUAUCCAAUUAAACGAGCAUCGUCCACAAUUAGCGCCAUCGGAGCCAGGGAGCCAAGGGACAACCAAUGGAACAUGUUGAUGCCGGUGCGGGAGUACAACAAGCACAUAGCCAAAAUACCAAAUUGCAAGAUGAGGCAGCGGCCAACGCUUAGAGCCACCUUUGCAUCACUGUUGCUGCUCCUCCACGUCGCCCAGGCGCUCGAUCCGGCGGCUGCCAGCGGUGCAGCCGGAAGUGGUGCUGCAGCGGGUGGUGCAGGUCCUGCCUCGACCGGCGGUGCAGGUGGCGGGAGCCUGAGCAGCGGACCACCCACCCUCAUUGCCAAUCUCACGGAACAGGGCAGUCCCGGUGUGUAUAAUUCGACAAUGGGCUAAUGCUAAUUACCCGUCUAUAUGUAUAAAAUAUAUAUGGCAUUUACGUGGCUGUUAAGCUGACCUUUCUAGCUUUUAACCCCCUGGUGAAAACAACGCCGCCAUUUUGGCAUUUGCCAGGACGUUUAUGCGUGGUACUUUUUAAUGUAAUUUAAAAUCCGAUAACUGACUUAAAUGUAAUUUAUCACAUUUAUUACGAUAUUUAGUGUGAUGCCAUCGACCAGUCAAAAUAUCACGUCUACGUUAAAAAAAAUAAUUAAAAAUCAAAAAAAAAAAAACAAAA